CAACAGCAGAACAGUUUCACUUCACUGGUUCUGAGGGACGGACUCAGCUCUUCUUCUCCUUCUGCUUCUUCUGUCUUCGUCUCCGUCCUCGGGGUCAUGGACAGUCUGGAGAAGCAGCUCAUCUGUCCCAUCUGUCUGGAGAUGUUCACCAAGCCAGUGGUCAUUCUGCCCUGUCAACACAACCUCUGCCGUAAGUGUGCCAACGACGUCUUUCAGGCGUCCAAUCCCUACCUGUCGUCCAGGAGUGGCUCCACGGUGAGCUCAGGUGGACGGUUCCGCUGCCCGUCCUGCAGACAUGAGGUGGUUCUGGACCGACAUGGAGUCUACGGCCUGCAGAGGAACCUGCUGGUGGAGAACAUCAUCGACAUGUACAAGCAGGGGAGCACCAGUAAGCCGGUCCCAGAGGUGAAGGUGGACCAGCCCAUGUGUGAGGAUCAUGAUGAUGAGAAGAUCAACAUCUACUGCGUCUCUUGCAGUGUUCCCACCUGUUCCCUCUGUAAGGUGUUUGGAGCUCACAAGGACUGUGAGGUCGCCCCGAUCAACGACAUCUUCCAGCAGCAGAAGGUGGAGCUCACAGAUUGUGUGUCGCUGCUGGUUGGGAACAAUGAGAGGGUUCAGGCGAUCAUCAGUCAGUUGGAGGAAACCUGCAGAGCCGUAGACGAAAACGGUCGCCGACAGAAGUCGAAGGUGUGCGAGACAUUCGAUCACCUGUUUGCCGUGCUGGAGGAGAAGAAAGGUGAGCUGACGCUGAGGAUCAACAGUGAGCAGCAGGAGAAGCUGGACUACAUCCGUGGUCUGACCAGGAAGUACACGGAGCAUCUGGACGGCACCGCCAAGCUGCUGGAGACCUGCAUCCAGACGUUGGACCAAUCAGAGAUGGCUGUGUUCCUGCAGGCAGCAAAACCUCUACUGCAGAAGAUUGUGGAGGGAACCGACACGUCUCAUCUGGAUAAGGUUCAGCCCGGCUAUGAGAACAUGGAGCACUUCAUGGCAAACUUUGAGCAUCAGAGGAGAGCGCUGAGCAUCAUCGACUUCAUCAAACUUGAUGAAGAUGAUGAUGAUGAUGAUGAAGACGAGGUCAAUGUCAGAGCACCAACAGGAAGUCAAGCUGAGUCACAGCAGCACUUUACACCUGCAGGACUCUCAGCCAAUCAGCAGUCUCAUCUGUCACCUGUCCUCUCAGCCCCGCCCCCCCAGCGACCCACAGAGACCCCGCCCAUCUCUGUCUCACAGACAAAGAGCCACGCCCCUUUGUCAUCAUCAUCCACACAUGCCCCGCCCCCAAUUCCUCUGCCCACCGCCAGCUUCGCCCCCCAGUCGGAGCAGCAGAGUGAGUCAGAGGAUGGACCCAAACACGUCUUCUCCUUCAGCUGGCUCAACCAGAAAUAAGACCUGGACCUGGACCUGGACCAGUCUGACCUGGUUCUAUCUGGAGGAUGUUUUUUGAAAUUCUGAAAAAUUUUGCUUUUUAAAUAUAAACUCUGAGAAAUUUUCACUUUUGGAAAUAAAUUAUUGUUUUGUUAUGAA